UUUUGUCUCCAAUCAAACACCAAAAAACCAAAGUACAGGCCAUCUAGGAGCCAGCAAGGGAGGAUUGCCACCCAGAGAAACACAACAUCCAAAGUACCAAUGCAUAGAUCAACCCCCAGUCAAUCCAAGAGGAGCCGAUCACCAUUUUCUGCCAGUCGUCGUCGUCGUUGGGAUGACCGAGAAGGCUCUGGAAGCAGCUUGACUGUUGAAAAUGAGGACUAUUCCAGGUAUCUGCCCAGAGAGUUCAGGGCUUCCGUUAGUCGACGAGGAAUGGCUUAUGGACAUAUUGAUACUUUUGGGGUAGACGAUAGUGAGGAGGAGGGGGCUGGGCCUGUGGAACGUCUGCCAGUACGAGGGAAAACUGGCAAGCUUAAGGAUGACAAAGUGUAUGACCAUGAGAAAGGGGCCAGGUCUAAUGUGAUGGGGGCACAUGCCCAUUUCUCUAGUUAUAACCGUAAUGGGAGAGAGGAACGUGACCCAGCCCCUUCUGGGAGGUACUCUGCUGGCAGAGCAGAGUAUCAAAAGCAAAAUGGUGCAACCUCUUACAUAUCUUCUGCUGAAGGCAAGGGGGCUAAAAAAGGUGACAACUUGGAGAGGGAGAGGCGAGGUCAGAGUUUACCUGUGCAUCCUGGCAGGGCUCCUGUGAGUCUGUGUGGUGGUGGGAAAAACACCUCCAAGAGUGCCGAGGAACCUGUGGUGAGGCCUAAAGUCCGCAAUGUGGCACCACCAAGCGUGAAACCAAAAGUAUUUUUUGAUACCGAUGAUGAUGAUGAUAUGCCACAUAGUACUUCCAGGUGGAUGGAUGCUGCCAAGAAGGAUGAAAGCUAUCCCAAUGGCAUGGCAAGAAGAGGCCGAGGUGAAAGUUCCAGCAGCUACUCUGAACCAAAAUACCCUGAAGACAAGAGAGAAGGGAGGAUCACUGGCCAAGGGAAGCGAGAGAAGGGACCCAGACGCCGUCGAACCAUGGCUGACUCUAACUUCUAUAUGUACAAUGAUUACCACAGAUACAUGGAUGAAGAUUCAGACAGUGAGAAAGAGUGGAUCGCCACUCUGCGCUGCAGGUAUCGAAAUCGAGAGCUGCCCCCGUCCCCCAGUGGAGAGAGCUGGGAGACACUGACAGGAAAGGAAGAGCAGGAGCCUCCACAAGCUUCCGUAAAUGUGAGUGCUGCCAGUAGCAGCAGCCCUGACCCCGAGGAUGGGGCUUGUGCCAUGGCUGGUGCCAGUGCUGGUGCCAGUGCUGGUGCCAGUGCUAGUGCUAGUGCCAGCACCAGUGACAGCACCAGUGCCAGCACUGGUGCCAGCACCAAUGGCAAUAGUUAUAUUGAGGAUGUUCAAGAACCAUCUCUUAGAAGAGAGGAGCAGGCACCUCGGGGAGCAGCAGAGAUCCCUUGGCUUCGAUACAGUGAGAAUGAGAGUAGCAGUGAGGGUGAUAACAAUUCCCGUCCCCCCUUGAUUCAGCCUGGGACAUUUGUGCUGGAUGGGAACAACAACCUUGAAGAUGAUUCCAGUGUGAGUGAAGACCUAGAAGUGGAUUGGAGCCUGUUUGAUGGAUUUGCAGAUGGGUUAGGAGUGGCUGAAGCCAUUUCCUAUGUGGAUCCUCAAUUCCUCACCUACAUGGCUCUGGAAGAGCGCCUGGCUCAGGCUAUGGAGACCGCCCUCGCACACUUGGAGUCCCUAGCCGUGGAUGUGGAGGUGGCCAACCCACCAGCCAACAAGGAGAGCAUUGAUACUCUCCCUGAGAUCUUGGUCACAGAAGAUCAGGAUGCAGUAGGUCAGGAAAUGUGCUGUCCUAUCUGUUGCAGUGAAUAUGUGAAGGGGGAGGUGGCAACUGAGCUGCCAUGCCACCACUACUUCCACAAGCCAUGUGUCUCCAUCUGGCUUCAGAAGUCCGGGACCUGUCCCGUGUGCCGCUGCAUGUUUCCACCUGCUCUCUAAAUGCCAAGGUUUAAUCCCACCCUAAUUCUUCUCCCUAUCUGAAACCUUUAAGUGCAGGAGCUCUCUCAAAAUAAACAACGCAAAUGAAGCUGUUGAUUCUGAUCAUUUUCAAUGUAGAAAUGGUUGCGUUGGGUUGCGUUCAAAUUCAUGGUGUCUUUAGGGGUUAGAAGGAAACUAAACUUUCUAAAUGCUACUUGAGAUCGCUGUAAGAGCAUAAAUUUUCUAAUCUGAGAGCUAAAAUAAAUUGCCUUUGUUUUCUUGAAUAGACUGUGUUGUUAAUUGUAAUGUCAAGUUUAUCUGUUAAAUAUGUUCAAAAGGCAAAAGCAUUUUUGUUGCAUGUUUUGGCCUAAUGUUCCUGUAAUCGCAGUGUCUGCCAUUAAAGCUUAUUAAAGUUCUUUGGUUUUUCCAUGGUAAA